GCGAGGGAAAGUGGCAGCUCAGGCGAGCGCGAACGCACAUCAUCAUUCAGAGGCGCUGCGCGAUACUGGACACAACGCACCGCUGCUCCUCUGAUACUGGAUUAACAAACCUUGAGUGUAGAAGAAGUGCACUAAAAAGUGGCCAAAAGUUAUGGAAGAAAGAAUACCAAGAAUGCAGGGCAGACAGUUCCUGGAUCACGCGGAUUUCUUGGGGGUUGAAUAUUCGUCUCUGUACAUGUGCAAAUCGAAAAGAGGAAUGAAGAGAGAAGAGGGAAAGGACGCUUACAAGUUACCGCACAGACUGAUCGAGAAAAAGAGGAGGGACAGAAUAAAUGAAUGUAUUGGGCAGCUGAAAGAUCUAUUACCAGAACAUCUUAAACUUACGACCCUUGGUCACUUGGAAAAAGCGGUCGUUCUUGAAUUGACGCUAAAGCAUUUAAACGCAUUGACAGCUGUCACAGAGCAACAACACCAGAAGAUCAUCGCUUUACAGAAUGGGGAGCGAUCGUUGAAGACGUCUCUCCAGGUGGAUUUGGACGCUUUCCAUUCAGGCUUUCAAGCUUGUGCCAAAGAAGUCCUGCAGUAUCUGAACAAGGUGGAGAACUGGACCGCUCGCGAGCAGAGGUGCACGCGUCUCAUCAGUCACUUGCACAAAGUUUCCGCGCAGUUUCAGCCCGGCGCUUGCCUGCUGCCCGGCGAUGACGCGCAAGAGCGGGACGCGCAAAGAGAUUCGCAAGCCAACUGCGUCCCCGUCAUCCAGAGGACUCAGAACCUCGAGCUUAACGAGAACGACACGGACACCGACAGUGGAUACGGAGGAGAGGCGGAGAAAGGCGACGGCAAAUGCGAGAAAGGAUGCGACGUGGCGAAAGGAGUAAAGAUCAAGCAGGAGUUUGGAGACGAGCGCGUCACCAAAAAGCCCAAAAUGAACUGGUCUGCGAUCGGCGCGCCUUGCUCAGAUUCUGCCGGUACCCGGCCGGACGUGGCGUUUGUGAACUCGUUAAUGGGAAUGGUAGGUGUCGGUGGACAACAAACUCCGUUUUGCAUGCCAUUUUACUUCAUUAACCCGUCCGCGGCAGCAUCGUACAUGCCUUUGUUUGAUAAAAGUCAAUUGGAGAAGUUGGUGUAUCCGGCGGCGGCGCUGACCACCCCGUUCCCCUGGCUUUACCCCGGGAUCCCCGCGCAUGCGUCAGCCGCGGCCGCCGCUGCCAUCGCUUUCCCAAGGGUGGCAACCGAUAAAAGCUCUGAAUUUGAUGCAGGACCCUCAAAAGACAUCGAGUCGCCAUCUCCUGAUGUUGAUCUGUCAAACGAGGCCGAGCUUGCCUCUCCUGUGACUGGGGAGCAUGUAUCAGAUAAUGAUGCUGGUCAUCGGGCACAAAGUAACGAAAAUGAUGGUACAUAAGCUGAUCUUUUGGUCUUUCACUAAUUUGCUUGUAAAAUCGCGUAUAUUUAUCCGUUUCUUAAUUUAAUUGUCAUUAUUGAGUAUUAACUAUAGUGUGUCUAUGGAUUUCCAAACAAAUGCUGUUCAUUUAUUUGGUAUUUUUGGUAUAUUUUUUCAUUAUUAUGAUGACUCAAAGCAGUUGAAACAAAGUUUCGCAACAUUGAUUUGUGGUUUCUAAGGGGAGAGUGGGGGACGUUGUAACAGCCAGUGCCUUUAGCGCUGAGAUAUUUAAAUGAAAAUCCAAACUGAUCGACAGCAACCAUAAUGACCUUGUCUUGCCAUCCAAUGGCAUAUUGGUAUUGCGUAAAAAUGUGUAAAAUCUAAGACUUUUACACAUACCGUAUAUUUUUGUUGUUGUGAUUUUAAUGAAGAAACUUAUAGUUUAGUGCAAUACAUAUGAUUUUAAUCUUCUUUAAGCUACAGAACACUGCUUUUCAGUGAGAGUUCUUCUCAAAGAUUUGGAAUUCACAUACUGGACUCUUGGAUGUAACGUUUAAUACUGACCUUAAGCAGGCUGGUGUGACUGCUAUACAGUAUUUAUCAAAUAACUUUCUAUUUGCUAGAAAGACUGCAUUCUGUCCUUGACAGGAUCAGUCGUAUUUUCUCUUUUAAUGUUCAGUGCUUGAAGCAGUUAGAAGACUUUAAUACCUCAAUGUAUCAUAGUGUUUGGGCCAGCACUCGUGCUCCUCUGGUAGGGGUGGUGACAAAACUUUUGAACAUUACUAAUUGGACAAAUCUUGUGAGCAACAAUCCUCUGAUGUCAUGUUACAGCAGCCCCUGCCUCUCUCUCCUGAACAAUGCAUACAAAACAAUAAUUACCAGAAGGGUAUAAACUCUCUAAAUUGGACGAGCAGAGCUAAUUAUUUUGAUAUCAGGAUAAUGUUUUACCAACACAGAGAAUUUCCAAUUCGUCUUUCCCUAUCAUGUGACACAGAGCAUCACAUUGCUUGCACCUACAGCUAAAAUGUAAAGGUAUACUAGCACCUUAUGGAACUUUGAUAUUGAAUGUAAUUUGUGUUCUUUUGGUAGAUAAAAAAGUUUGUACUGUAUAUAUUCUGAUACUAGUAGUAACUUAAUCCUUAGGAAAAGUGCACUUUUUCUUGCCUUCGCAAUUUCCUAUAACACAAUCCUCACUCUUCAUAUUUAAGCCAAUGCCCUUUGAACUCAAACUAUGAUGUGUUUUCUUAAAGAAACGUCUCAACUUUACGGCAAGUGUUGGACUAUGUCUAUCUUUGUAUGUAUAACAUCAUGAUUUUCAAAGCUCACAUAAACCUCUAUGGGCUGCCUCAGUGACAGUUCUUACUUCUUACUGUCAUGACUUUGGUUGAAAAGUGUGAGGUAAAAAGCUUAAAGUGAUAUAUGAUCGGUCAUGUAUUGCCUUUCGAAACAUGGUCACUGUUCAUGACCUGUGGAAAGCAACAUGGGUCAUGCUGUGUAUUGUGCAAAUGUUGUGGAGCAUUGUAACAUGACAAAUGAAUAAAAAGAUAAACAGA